UUUUUUUUUUCUUUUCUUUGUACCCUUAGUCCUCUUCCAUUCUCCCCUAAAAUAUGGACACGUUUAUCCAUAAGCUCCACCAGGAAUACCUUCCCCAAUGGUUCGCACCUCGGGAACUGGCGCCAUUUCUAGACUAUGGUCUGACACAGUCGAUUAGUGAUGCUUCUGGCAUUCCCGAGCCCUCGCUCCGAUUGUUGUUGACGAUCUUGGCUGGUUACCCAAUCUCGAUCGUUUACCGACUCAUUUUUCUUAACAAAACAUCGUCCAUCAUUGGGGAAUCAGUUCGCAACACUUUCUUCCUUCUGACAGGGUUGUCAAUGUCGUAUUAUUUCAAUUCGUAUGACAUUGUGCAUCCGUUGACGACUUGCAUUGGCACUUGGCUCAUCUGUCGAAUCUUGGGUGCGAUUGCUCCUAAAAAUAGGACUUUGGCAUCUUCUGUUUCAUUUGUGUUCAACUUUGGAUACUUGUUAUUGUCAUACCGCUAUUCAGCCACAGAGGAGUAUGACAUCUGCUACACAAUGCAACAAUGUGUUCAAUGCCUGCGCAUGAUUGGCUAUGGUAUGGAUUUCAUGGAUGGACAGUCCAAGAAGAUCAAGCCUACACUAACUUCCAAGGAUCAGCAACAGGAAAAAGAAAAGAAGGAAGCAAAUACAUUCCAAGCUAAGGCAUUACCAGACAAUCCUGUGCCUGUCCGAGAAAAGACGCCGAUCUCCUUUGGGCGUGAUAUUGCAUUGACUCAGUUGCCUUCUUUGGCCGAAACCAUCGCUUAUGCCUUUUUCCCUUUUGCGUUCUUGGUGGGACCCCAGUUCUCGUUCUCACUUUACAAGAAAUUCAUCACGAUGCAGCUCUUUAGCGUGCCCGUGCCCGCGAGUGCAGGACAAGAAGCCGCCCGUGAAGAUGCUGCCGCCAUCACUGCCAAUGGUAUCCCUCAAGGUUCCUUACGUUACGCGACACGCUGUUUUCUGUUGGGUAUCUUUUAUUUGGGAUUGGGUCAAGUCCUUGGAAGCUAUUUCCCUACUCUUGGUCUACUCACUAAAACCUUUGCGGAGCGUCCUUUCUGGGAGAGAUUGUUCAUCUUUUGGUGGACUGGCAAGACUGUUCUAAACAAGUACCUUGGUAUCUGGACAAUUGGCGAAGGACCCUGUGUUCUCUCUGGUAUUACAUUCAACGGCUAUGAUGCCGAAGGUCACCCUGAAUGGGAUGGUUUGAGGAAUGUAAACCCGAUCAAUUAUGAAUUCGCGACAUCAUUGGCACAGAUCAUCAGCUCGUUCAACAUGAACACCAAUUACUGGGCCAAGCUUUAUGUCUUCAAACGUCUUCGAUUCCUGGGUAAUAAGAAUCUAUCCGCCCUUGGGGUCUUGCUCUUCUUGGCGGUCUGGCAUGGAACCCAUGUUGGCUAUUUCUUUUGCUUCGGACUCGAGUUUCUGGACAUGGAGACCGAACGUCGUUUGGCUGCUCGGUUUGGUCGACCCAUCAGUGCAUUCAUUGCUCGAAAGACCGGAGUGAUCCAUGCAGUUCUAAAGGCUGGUUGGGGCUUAAUCACCUGGUUGCUUACCACCAGUGCCCUAUACUUUGCAGCUGUACCCUUUGAUCUCUUGCAGAUGGAUAAAUCAUUGACGGCAAUCAAGCAUAUUGAGUACUUGGGUAUCUACAUCAUGGCAGGCUUCUUGGCAUUAGACAUUGUCCUCUCCAUCAUCUUGCCCAAGAAGCGAUCCAAGUUCGUCAAGACCGAAUAGGAAAAAAAAAGAAAGAAAAGAAAAGAAAAACAAAGUAUAAAAAAUAAAUAUAAAAAUAAAUAGUCUUUUAUUAUCACAGAGUUAGAGAGGUCCAUAUAGUUUAUUAAG